GUGUCCUCUAGGACCCGGAUUGAGGUAAAAUGGCGGGCUCGUGGUGAGCGGCUGUCAGGAAUGAAAAUAGAUAUAUGCCUUGAAGAAGAUUUUAAAAUUGGCUUCUCUUCAAAUCAUCUUCUUUCAUACCACCCGAUAAGGAUCUUGAUUCACCAUGGCGUUAGCAGCAGUAAAAUGGGUGAUAUCAAAUAGAACUCUCUGGAAACAUUUAUUUCCAAUUCAAAAUGGAGCUUUAUAUUGUGUUUGUCAUAAAUCUACAUAUUCUCCUCUACCAGAUGACUAUAAUUGCAAAGUAGAGCUUGCUUUGACAUCUGAUGGCAGGACAAUAGUGUGCUACCACCCUUCUGUGGACAUUCCAUAUGAACAUACACAACCUAUCCCUCGGCCAGAUCCUCUGCAUAAUAAUGAAGAAACACAUGACCAAGUGCUGAAAACCAGGUUAGAAGGAAAAAAUGAGCACUUGGAGCAAGGACCCAUGAUAGAACAACUUAGCAAAAUGUUCUUUACUACUAAGCACCGUUGGUAUCCUCGUGGACAGUAUCAUAGACGUCGUAGGAAACUGGAUCCUCCAAAAGACAGAUGAUACUGAGGUUUCAGGAAUUGAAAGGAAUUGAAAAGAUGUUAUCUUGUGUCUCAUUUGCCUUUUGAGAAAAUGCAUUGAGUAUAUUCACUAACAUGUUAUAUAGCAAAAUAAUAAUAAAAUGUGUUCAUAUA